AUACUGCUUUUAUUUUGAAAGGGUGUGACAGCGGAAGUACGUCUUAAACUCAGCGCGAAAUUACUCCAAGAGGCUCCAAGUUUGUCUGGUUGUCAAACUCACCGUAGCGGCUCACAGUGAGUUUAAGAGUUAUGCCGAAUUAAAGUCAGGUUUAUUUUCGACAGGAUUAUCAGCCGCUGUGUCUGAAACUUGAAGGUAUUUGUUCAAAACUCAGAGUUGUUUCUGUCUUUGUUAGUUAUCAGAUGAAGUUUUGUGCUAUUGUUAGCUGCUAAUGCUAUCAAGUGUGGCCUCAAUCAGCUGAUUUAUGAAAACUUCAAUCUCUGAUGUGGUGUUUUAGAUCCUAAUGGACGCUGAUCUGGAGGAUGGAGAGAUCUCCGGGUCCAGCUCGGACACAGAGAUGGGUACCGCAGCGGGACCAGCUCAGCCUCCACUCCGGGUUCCUCCAGCCUUAAGCGGGCAGUCCUUCUCCAGCAGAGCCGCAGCUCAGCCCUCUGGAGCCGCAUACCGCAGCACCGUGAAGACGGCCGAGUCCAGCGACAGUGACCCGGACUCCUCAGAUGAAGAGGCCUCUCUAUGGCGAAGGAAACGGCAGAAAGUCUCCAACGCUCCCCAGCCUCCUCCAACCACCCACCGCAUGCCCGCACCUGGAGGCCGCAAGGUGAACAACAUUUGGGGGUCUGUGGUCCAGGAGCAGUGCCAGGAUGCUGUAGCUGCAGAGCUGGGUAUAUUCGGCAUGGAAGGGGAGGUGAGCAUGUCCAGCAGGAAUGUGGAGACGUAUAACUUUGUCCUGGCUAAAAAGAUCAUGGAGAAGGAGAGGGAGGAGGAGAGGCAGUCCAAGGAUGGAGGCGAGGUGAGCAUGCUGGACUCCCAGCUGGAGGAGUACAUGAAGGGGAGAAACUCAGGGGAGGGGGCAGGAGGUGAUGCAAAGAGGAAGAGGUCAGCCAAAGAGAGGCUGGGCCCCAGAGCAGAGAUGGACACUCAGGGUCGGUUUGAGAUCACAGAGGACGACCCUGAGGAGAAGGUGGCCGAUGAGAUCGCGUACAGGCUGCAGGAGCCUAAAAAGGACCUCAUAGAGCGUGUGGUUAACAUCGUAGGGAAGAAAAAGGCCAUAGAACUUCUCGGAGAGACCGCCACACUGGAGGAAUCCGGCGGCGUAUACACUAUGGACGGCAGCAGGCGACGAACGCCCGGAGGGGUGUUCCUGAACCUGCUGAAGAACACGCCCAGCAUCAGCAAGGCCCAGAUCAGGAAGGUCUUCUUCGACGAGCAGCAGAAAGAGUGCAAGAGCAAGAAAGCCGCGCAGAAGAGGCGGCGGCACGUGGUGGCGAAGAAAAUGAAACAGGCGAUCAGCACGCUGAACCUGCAGGAGCACGACGACGUCUCCAGGGAGACCUUCGCCAGUGACACCAACGAGGCUUUGGAGUCUUUAGAGGAGGCCGCAGAGGACGAGGAGGAGGAAGAGGAGGCGCAGGAGGAAGCUGCUGUGGGGAUCGAGGAGACGGCGGUGGUCUACAGCGCCGCAGAUCUGGAGGUUUUCUGAGAGCUGAGAUGAACUGUGGGGAUCUGAGCAUGGACAUUACAGAUUAAACUGAAAGCACUGUUUAAGAAGUCUCUGCUGAGAACAGAAUCACACCUGAGCGUCCAAUUUUUUUACUUUAGGAGCUAAAAGUGAAUUUAUGUGAAAAUCUUGUUUGUUUGGAGCAGCAUGGAGUCUUAUUUCAACAUAUGUAAUCAUAGAUUUACUAAAAGUUAGUUUGAUUUUUGUUUAGAGUUUCUCUGGACGAACAGAGACACCCUGUUAUCGAAACCGUCUUUACUCUGAUUUAUGUCAUCAACUAAUCAAUUCAGAUUUAUUAACUUUAUUUGUGUGAGUGUAACAGGUAUCUAAAUAAAGAUGAGAGGGGUAACGUUCCUAAA